AUGAUCAUGAUGAAGACGAGUGCUACUUUUGCUCAACAGCAGCAGCAGCAGCAACAGCAGCAGCAGCAACAGGAGAAACAGAUGAUCGUUGCCGUUGCGUUGCGCUGCGUUACGUUGCGAUGCGUCCAGGCUCAGACAGAUGACGGGAGUACAGCAGCAACGACAACAGCUACCACGACAACAGCUACCACGACAACAGCUACCACGACAACAAGUACAACGGCAGAAUCAACCACAUCCAACACAGUUGUACGGCUGCAGCGCCUCCUGAGGCGCAUGAGGCGCCAAAGUCGCCAACGCCAACGGCGGCAGCAGCAGCAGAAACGCAGACGCCGGCGUCAACAACGUCAACGCCGUCAACGCCGUCAACAGCAGCAACGCAGGCGUCAGCAGCAGCAACGGCGUCGCAGACGCAUGGGAUAA